GCAGAGCUAUGGUAACUGAUUGGCCCGGGAAUGUGACGUCAUCAAUUUGAACACGCCCCCCAUUCCUGUCAGUAAAACUUGUCUGAUCGGCUAGCAAUUUUUCCCAACGCUGAACUUUUUCCUGUUUGAAAUAAUGUCUCUGAGUGGCAAAACCGAUGAAGAGCUCAGCAAGUUGCUUUCCAAAUACGGCAUCAAACAUGGACCCAUUGUUGACUCCACUCGCAAGUUGUAUGUGAAGAAGCUUGAGAAGGCGAUGGAAGAUGAGCCAGUGACGCCCUCCUCGGAUAAGACUUACUACAGAGAGGAAGAAGAGGAAAUUACCUAUGUCACCUACCGGAGCCCUGUCAAACAUGAAGCCUAUGAAGACAUGCUGAAAAGGAGAUACAACAGUGAACUAAAUGAAGAUGAGGAAUCAAACGGAGAGGAGGAACCCAUCCAGCGUAGGAGCAGAGCAGUCAAUCGAAACGCCGUACACCCAAAGGAGGCAGGGAAGUCUGGAUGCAGCCUGUGGGGAGUGAUAAAAAUGCUCCUGCUUCUAGCAGUGUUAGCAGCAGCCUACUACACCUAUUGUCACAUGACCAAAGAUGAAAAUCCUUUCAAGCUUCAAUGAUCAAUAAACUGCCACUUCUAGGAUGCCAGGUCAUUUCCGUCCGUAAUUUAUAUUGCACUGUAUUUUUUUUUUUUUCUUAAUAAUUGCUGUAGUCGUUGAUUUCCAAAGCACACUAAGUAAUGUCAGAGUUUUGUCUGCUUGUUGGGGUAAAAAUUAGAAACUAAAUCUGAGACCAUAGUCAACCUACUUAUGCAAGCUCUAAAUAAUUCAAAUAAUAAUUGAGCAUUCCUUUUUCAGCCAACGUGGACAUUCAAUUUCUUAAUCCGUCAAUGACAGUGUAAUAGUUCAAUGAACAAGCAAAAAAAAAAAAAAAAAAAAAAAAGACAACUGCCCUGCUAUCCAACAAAGACUGAGCCUUUACAGGAAAGUGAAUCCAAAAUGUCAACA